UGAUAAUAGAUUUAGAUGGCAUGCAUUUAUUUGGUAUGAGAAGACUAAAGUGCACAAAGGGUUUUUAAAUCAUUUGGUAAGGAAAUCCAUUUUUGCAGUAUGGGAUGAAUAUAAAAACCUGUUAGAGCAGAAGACACCAUGGUGGCUUUCCUCACUGGAAGCAAUAUCCUUGAAAAAAACCAAUGCAAAAAGUGAAUGGGCAACCUAUAAAGAGUUGCUAAUGGAAAUAGAACAACAAUUAAAGUUGAAAAGAUUUGAGGAUACAAGACAUUUAGUAACAGAUUGGUUGCAAUACCAUCGAUUAAAUGAUGUGUUUAACAUUGAUAAGAAAAAUGGGUUUAGUAAGGAAAUUUCAAGGUUUGAAAAAGAUUUACUGGAAUACAAUGUGAAGUUACUUUCCAAAAUAUACAUUUUGUUGCUAGAAUGGCAUACUAAAGAUGAGGAAGUUAAAUUGGUAAUGAUACAAUGGGGAAAAUAUAUUGGGCACAAUAUAUUGGGCACAAUAUUCAAUUUUCAAUUUUCAUCUGGGGAAAAGUUAUGGAGGGAGGACUUAAAAUUUACAGCAUGCUGUGCAUUGAAGGAGAACUAUAUGAAAAUGAUGUAACACCUACAAAAUUAGAAAAGAUGUAUAGGACUACUUCAAAUGUAUAUUGGAAGGGUACAGAGAAGGAAGGCACAUUCUACCACAUGUGGUGGAUGUGCAAGAUAACAAAAAGAUUCUGGGAAAUGAUAUAUAAUGAUCAGAAUAAAGGUUUAAAAUAACAUGGGGGGGGGGGCAGAAGCUUUUUUACUAGGAAUUUCAGAUGGAGAGAUACCAAAGGAGCAGAAACGAUUAUUUAUAUAUGCGAGGACAACUGCGUGGAUACUACUGGCCCAAAGAUGGAAAAAAGACGAAGUCUUGACCAGGCACGAAUGGUUGAUGUAGAUGAUGGACAAUGCCAAAUGACGAAAAUGACCAGGGAAAUCAGAAAUAAGGAAUGGGAAAAAAAUAUACAAUUUACUUAAGAGAACACUGUAAAGAACUAAAAACUUUGACAGGAUUUGAGUAACGCUUGCAAUGUACUAAAAGCUAAGGUAAAAAUGGAUUAUUUUAAGAAAAAUAGAGAAAAUAUAUGAUGCAGUAGAAAAAGUUUGAUAAUGGAAACCAUGGAGGGGUGGAGGGAAUCCUAAAUGUUGAUGAGUGUGACUAAUGCUUGAAUUCAAACGAAUCGUGUAAAACUGAAAAAAAAAUGAUUUUCUUUUCUUUUUUUAAAAAAGAGAGAAUAGCCAUGUUUGUGUAGCUCCCUAAUAGAGAAAGCUCCACGGCCAUUGCUGGCUCUAAUAGAGACCUUCCUCGUAGCUGUGUAAGUGGCUGAUUCAUACCUGGCACACUCAGCCAUUGGCACAUUCAACUCCUGAGAUCUCACUUCAUUCUUUUCACCCUCUGGAAACCACGUCAAAGACAGCAGGAUCAGUUUUACUGCUUAAAGUCUCCAUUGCAUCCACAGCCCAUUCCACACUUUCCAGCCUUCCUGGAAUGGAUCUAGUAUCCAGGCUUUUCCUGAAGGAGCAUCUCUACCCCACUCCCAAACACUGAGAUCUAGCUCUGAGGGCCUUAUGGAGGUUUUCUCACUGUGAGAAGUGAAGAUAGAGGAAACCAGGCAGAGGGCCUUCUUGGAAGUGGUACCCACACUAUGGAAUGUCAAGGAGGUAAGUGACUAUAGAACUUUUGGAAGACAUCUGAAGGCAGUCCUGUAUAGGGAGAUUUUAAAUGUUUGAUGUUUUAUUAUGUUUCUGUAUAUGCUUGAAGGCGCCCAGAGUGGCUGAGGUAACCCAAUCAGAUGGGGUGGGGAGUAGAAAUAAUAAAAUUAUUAUUAUUACUAUUAAGAGGAAUCCUUAGAUGGAGGCCAUUUUGAAGGGCUAUUUUGUAGGUGGCUUCAGGGCUUUUGCCCUUGCCUAUUUGGCUCUAAAUUGCUUUCUUGAGUGCCUUCAUCACUGACAUUGUAAAUUGUAAAUUAUCUCUAUCAAAAAAGAAAUCUUAGAAGUGUCUAUCAACAACUAAUGAGAUCAUAGACAAUUCCUUCACUGAGUUUUGAAUUUCAGUAUGUUCCUCUUUAUCUUUGUGGUGUACAAACAGCACCCAUUCCUGGACUUCACUGAACCAUUUGUUCCCAAGUGUUGCCUGCGACAUGAGACCAUGGCCUAUAAAUAACUCCACGUAAGCCUCUACCUGCACCAAUUCCCUUGUUGAUCCAUCUCUGCUCUGAGUCUCCUAAUCUUUCCAGAAUGAUGAAGGCACUCCUGAGCGCAUGCCUCCUCUUGGUCCUGCUUUCUCCAGGUAAGAUGGGGAACAUUUAAUUACCUUUAGAGGACACUGAAAAGAACUUGCAGCUUGGGAGAGAAGGGGAGUUAAAAGUGCAGGGGACUUCCGGUCAGCGCCAUUAGCGAACGGAGGAUUCCCUUUGAUCUCGGAGGGAAUCGGCUCUGCGAAAAUCGGGUCCUGAGUGCUGCGGCGGAGCGGGGACCCUCAGAAAUCGCAGGCGGUGAAGCCUGCGAACGUGGAGACUCGGCGGGCACCCUUCAGCGCCCCCCCCAACUCGCGAGGAAGCCUUUUUUUUGGAGGCUUCGGAGCGGAACGGGGGAGAGGCGCGGUGCUGUGAGUUGACUGCUGCUUUCGCGGAGCGGAGCCGUGUUGGCGUUGCUAGAGAGCGCUGAUUUCUUUCCUGGAACAUUCGGAUCAAAAACUACCCGUGAGUAGGCGGAAUUGGAUUUAAAAGAUUGCGAAUUGGAUUAAAUUUUUAAAAGGAAAAAAGACUGUGAAUUGGAACGAAAAUAAGGACUGAAUUGGCUACCGCGGUGGGAGGUAUAUACAGGAAGUCCGCUUCCCGUCUUGUAGAUAGUGUAAAGCAUAGAGACUUUGAGCUAAAAUGUUGAAAUCUAACUUGAAAAGAGCUGUUUUCCGACCUGAGAACUCUUUCUGAAUCUACCCUUCUGAAAGCAGGCAAGGAAGGGGUUUGUUUUUGGACUGUGCAAAAUUGUUUAAAGAAAGGGGGAACAAUCUGCCAGUGAGACGUCUCAGCUGUCAAAAACUGUCAAAAGGGAUCUGCUGAUAGUAAGGUGGAUACAUUGUGGCCAGUUUCGUUGGAAAAAUAACUGGAAGGCAACUUAUUUGGAACUGUUUCUUUUUCCUCUGAUUACAGUUUGGUGUUUUUUUUUGUUACUUUAAAAGGGAAAGUGAUUGCUCUGGACUGUUGUAACAGUGUCCACCUAGGGGGACUUUCUGAAAUUGCAACAAGGGAAUUUUCCACUGGUAAACAGGAACAGCACAUCUGAGAGUGACCUUGGUUCUUACAUUGUUAUGGCAGAUGGAAGAGAGAAAUUAGACGCGUCAGUUUUGAGGUCUGGGAAAGCCUGGGGGCAUCGAAGGCAAUCAUCUGCUGGCUUGCCUACGACAGCAACACAAGCUAAGUCCAGUGGAAUGGCAGAAGAAGUUCUAGCCAGCGCUCUGGCCAGGAUUAAUGAAACUUUACUACAACUUAGUACAAAGGUUGAUGAGACAAAUAAAAAGGUUGAAGAAACCAAUAAGAAAGUUGAUACUGCAAAUAAAAAAAUUGAUUUAAAUACAGAAACAUUAGAUAACCUGGGGAAAAAGGUGAACAGCAAUACAGAAUCCAUUCAGAAACUAUUGCAGGAGUCGAAGUCGACACAGGAAAAAACUGCUGCUGUGGAAUUUAAAGUAGAGCAGCUGGAAACUGAGAAGGUACCUGGCUUACAGAAGGAAAUUGCAGAUCACAAGUUGACGCUGUCUAUGAUAGAACUGAGAGAGAAACAGACCAAUCUAAGAAUUAGAGCUAUUCCUGAGCUGGAGACGGGCACCUUGAUAGACUUUCUGACACAAGAAUUUGCAGAAUUUUGGAAAUCGGAUUUGAAACAAGAAGACUUCAAGAUGGUGAGGGCCUUUAGAUUGGGAAAAGGAGGAAAAAAGAUUAAAAUAAGGGAUUGUUUGAUUACCCUCCGAUCUAAAGAAGAGAGGGACAAAAUUCUGGGUUUGCAUUACAAGAAACCUUUGAUAAUUCUGCAAUCAAAAGUGGAAAUUUUUAAAGACAUACCGAAAUAUCUUUUGGAUUUAAGACAAGACUUUGGAGACUUGGUGGCCCUGUUGAGAAAAAGUAAGAUCCUUUUCAGGUGGGAAUUCCCUCAAGGCCUAUCUUUUAGUUUCAAAGGAAGAAAGAUAAAGAUAAGAUCAGUGGAGGGAAAAAAUAAGUUCCUGAGCACAUACAAAGAAGAUCUACAGAAAGGACUGGGAAAAGAGCCUGCCGUACUGGACAAGAGUCUACCAAAAAAAGGGAAAUCAACGCCACCGACAGAUAUAGAUAAACUUUUGGGAGCUGUUGGGGGAGAAGGAGAGUAAGUACAAUAUGACACUGCAAGUAUUAAGCUGGAACAUUAAUGGUUUGAACUCCCGGGAAAAAAGGGGGAGAGUAUUUCAUAUAUUAAAAAAAGAACAUUUGGACUUGAUUUGUUUACAAGAAAUGCAUGUGACAAGGCUACAUCGAAAAAUUUUGAUCAAUAAAAGAUUAGGAGAAGAAUUUAUCUCAUCAGACAAUGUGAAAAAAAGAGGAGUAGUACUCUAUGCAAAGGAAAGCCUGUCACCAAAAUUUUUAUUUAAACACGACCAAGGAAGAUUUAUUGCAAUCGAAAUUCAGCUUCAUGGUCAGAAGUUUUUGACAUUAGGUAUUUAUGCGCCAAAUGAGGGAAAAUCAGAAUUUUUUAAAAAAUUGCAUGAAAUCCUAUUGGACUAUCUGGAUUACAAUAUAAUUUUGAUGGGAGAUAUGAAUGGAGUAGUGUCUACAAACAUGGAUAAAGCCCAAAGACAAACGGUGACAAAAGAUGGCAGACUACAAAAGACAUUUUUUGAAAUGACUGACAAUAUGGACCUUGUAGAUAUUUGGAGAAUAAAGAACGCCUUGGAAAGAGAAGGAACCUUCUUCUCUGAAGCUAAAAUGACAUGGACAAGAAUAGACCAAAUUUGGAUAACUAGGGGACUGGCCCCGAAGAUAGAAAAAGCGGUAAUUUGUCCUAAAACUUGCUCUGAUCACAACCCAGUAAAGAUGGAAAUGGCAUUAACGUCAAUUGGAGCUUUUAGAUGGAGGAUGAAUGACUCCUUGCUUAGGAAUGAGGAAAUCAUCAAAAAGGCCCAGAAAAACUUGAGAGACUACUUUGAGAUAAACAUGAAUACUACGACCGAGAAAAGAGUGAUUUGGGAUGCAAGUAAAGCAGUGAUGAGAGGGUUCUUGAUACAACAAAAUGCAAUUAGGAAAAGAGUUCAAAAUGAGAAGAGGGAAAAAAAUCUUGGAGAAAAUAAAGGAUGGAGAAAAGAGACUGAGGACAAAACCGAAUUCACAGGAGAUUUUAGAAGAGAUAAAGUUAUAUCAAGUACAAUAUAUGAAACUGACGAAUCAGGAAAUAGAAUGGAAGAUCAAACAGAUGAGACAAAGGACAUUUGAAUCAGCGAAUAAGUGUGGGAAAUUGUUGGCAUGGCAAAUGAAAAAAAGACAAAAGCUUAAUACUAUUACGAACUUGGUGGUAGAAGGAAAGAGUAUACAGAACCCUGUGGAGAUUAGAAAGUGUUUCCAGAAGUAUUUUAAACAGUUAUACACGCAGGAGACUCAGAAAGAAAUAGACAUCGAUCGGUUUUUGAGAACAAAUGGAUUACAAAAAAUCGCUCAAGAGAGUAAAUCGAUGCUAAACUCUAUACUAACUGACCAAGAGGUGGAAGGAGCCAUUCAGGACAUGAAAUUGGGCAAAUCUCCAGGGCCAGAUGGUCUGACUGCAAAGUAUUAUAAAUCUUUGAAAGAAUGGUUAAUGCAGCCACUGAAAGAAGUUUGCAAUGAAAUAUUAGGGGGGGGGAGGCACCCGAGUCGUGGAAAGAAGCUUAUAUUACACUCAUACCGAAAACAGAAGCGGAAAAGACACAGCUUAAGAACUACCGUCCCAUAUCCCUACUUAAUGUGGAUUACAAAAUUUUUGCAGAAAUUAUGGCUAAAAGAUUAAAAAACGUAUUGGUGAAAGAAAUCCAUAAGGACCAAGCGGGCUUUCUCCCGGGGAGGCAUUUGUCAGAUAACACGAGGAAUAUAAUUAACAUUUUAGAAAAAUUACAAGUUAAUAUUAAUACUAAAGCAGUUCUAAUAUUUGUGGAUGCGGAGAAAGCCUUUGAUAAUAUUUCUUGGAGUUUUAUGAAGAAAAAUUUACAGGGAAUGGGGGUAGGCCAAAGCUUUGAAAACGGUAUAGGUGCAAUUUAUUCGGAACAAAAAGCUAAGUUGAUCGUAAAUAAUGUAGUUACAGAAGAGUUUAAGAUUGAGAAAGGAACAAGACAGGGUGGCCCAAUCUCCCCAUUGCUUUUAUAUCGGUCCUGGAGGUCCUGCUUAAUAUGAUCAGGAAAGACCAAUUGGUUAAAGGUAUACAACUCGGAGCUAAACAGUAUAAAUUGAAAGCUUUUGCUGAUGAUUUGGUUUUGACAUUACAGGAGCCAGAAUCCAGUACUAAAAGAGUAUUGCAAUUAAUUCAAGAAUUUGGUCAAGUAGCAGGAUUUAAAUUGAAUAAGGUGAAAACCAAGGUGUUAGAGAAAAAUCUUACAGAGAUUGAGAAAGAGAGGUUUCAGAAGGAGACAGGAUUAACAUUGGUCAAGAAAGUGAAAUAUCUAGGGGUUCACAUGACUGCUAAAAAUGUGAAUUUAUUUAAAGAUAACUAUGAAAAAUGUUGGAUAGAAGUGAAGAAGGAUUUGGAAAUAUGGUCAAAAUUGAAGUUAUCAUUGUUGGGCCGAAUUGCUGCGAUAAAGAUGAAUGUAUUGCCUAGGAUGUUGUUUUUGUUUCAAACAUUGCAGAUUUUGGACAAGAUGGACUGUUUCAAGAAAUGGCAGAGAGAUAUUUCGAGAUUUGUCUGGCAGGGCAAGAAGCCAAGAAUAAAAUUUAAGAUUUUAACUGAUGCUAAAGAAAGAGGUGGAUUUGCCCUGCCAGACCUUAAACUUUAUUAUGAAUCAGCCGCAUUUUGCUGGCUGAAAGAUUGGCUGCUUCUUGAAAACACGGACAUUUUGGACUUAGAAGGUUUUGACAAUGUCUUUGGAUGGCAUGCAUAUUUAUGGUAUGACAAGGUUAAAGCACAUAAGGCCUUUAAGAACCAUAUUGUCAGGAAAGCAUUGUUUAAUGUCUGGGUGAGAUAUAAGGAUUUGUUGGAAAGUAAAACACCAAGGUGGCUGUCACCAAUGGAGGCUAAGGCUCUGAAAAAAACUAAUAUGGAGACAAAUUGGCCAAAAUAUUGUGAAAUUUUAGAACAAGAUGGAGAUAAACUAAAGCUGCAGAGUUUUGACAAAUUAAAAACUAAAGUUCGAGACUGGCUUCAUUACUAUCAAAUAAGGGAGGCUUAUAAUCUAGAUAAAAAGAUUGGUUUCCAGGAGGAAAAAUCAAAAUUGGAAAUAGAACUGUUAGAUCCUAAAACUAAGAAUUUAUCAAGAAUGUAUAACUUGCUGUUGGAAUGGAAUACACAGGAUGAAACGGUUAAAUCUGUUAUGAUUAAAUGGGCACAAGAUUUUGGACAUAACAUUAUGUUUGCUGACUGGGAACAGUUAUGGACCACAGGUAUGAAAUUUACGGCUUGUAAUGCCUUAAGAGAAAAUAUAAUGAAAAUGAUUUACAGGUGGUACUUAACCCCAGUCAAGCUAGCAAAAAUCUAUCAUUUGCCAGAUAGUAAAUGUUGGAAAUGUAAAGAGACGGAGGGUACAUUUUUUCACCUUUGGUGGACAUGCCCAAGGAUUAAGGCUUUCUGGGAAAUGAUAUAUAAUGAACUGAAAAAGGUAUUUAAAUAUACCUUUCUGAAGAAACCAGAGGCCUUUCUUCUGGGCAUGGUCGGCCAAUUGGUGCGAAGGGAGGAUAGAACUUUCUUUAUGUAUGCUACAACAGCAGCAAGAAUACUCAUCGGGAAGUACUGGAAGACACAAGAAUUGCCCACCCGAGAAGAAUGGCAGAUGAAAGUGAUGGACUACAUGGAACUGGCUGAGAUGACCGGCAGAAUUCGAGACCAGGGAGAAGGGUCGAUGGAAGAAGAUUGGAAAAAUUCAAAAUAUAUCUUCAAAAGUAUUGCAACAUAAAAGAAUGUUAGAAGGAGGUUGGAAAAAGAAUAUUAGGUCGUUUCGGUAGAUACGAUAUAAUGGAAUAAGCAAAAAUGAGUUGAUGAAUUUGAUGAAAUAGAGGAGGUUUAAUUAUACUAUUUUAAUUUUAAAAUAUGUAAAUGAAAAUAAGGUUAGAGGGAUUUGCUGGAAAUACGAUUCGAACUAGAAUACAAAAUUGGGAGGUGAGAGGAGGUCAUGGAAAUAAGUAAAGGGAAAAGGUUAUGUAAAGGUUUAACCUGCUUUUGUUUUAUUUUUAACUUAAGGCAUUUUUAUAUUUUUUGUUAAGCUUUCUUUUUUAUUCUAUCUUAUUGUUCUUUUUACUUGUUUAUUUUUUGCUCUGUUAUGGGUAAUGUUUUCUUUGUAUUCUGUAUGGUUUUUCUUUUUUUUUUUCCUGUGAUUUUAAAUUUGGAAUAAAUAUCAUUAAAAAAAAAAAAGUGCAGAUCAACACCCCACAGAGCAAGGAGUGCAGGGUUACCAAGAGAAAGUAGCAGAGAGUUAGGUCAUGAAUAUUUCUUGUGAUGUCAUUAUGAUGGGCCCGACGAUCCUUUUUCCCCUGGGCCCGUCCUCUCACUUAAGUAUAGUGCACACAACUCACAGAACACCAAUCCCACGGAUUUCCACAGUCUACCUCAGAUUAUCUUGUAGGGGAUUUGUGUGAAGUAAAACUUAAUAAUUAGGAGUCUCGGGCAGGAUUUGUUCAAAUUAACAAUAACAAUUUUAUUUAACAAGGAAGUUUAUGACACAAGUAGAUAAAACUUAGGAUACUUCAGUUUACAAUGUUAUUUCACUUCAAGGUUUUCUCAGUUGUUCACACUUAAUACUUUGGUUCUUAACAAGGUGGUACUUUCUGUCAGUUACAUACCCCUAGACAACCCUACUCCUGAGGCACUCCAAGGUUUCACUGGUUUGGGAGUCUUCUCUUACUAGAAGAAUCUCUCCCCUCCUGACUGGAAUGAGACCUAAGUAUACUGUCUCUUUAAAGCUUCUACAUCUCCUUUCUCAACCUCAGCCCCCCAGUUAAUUUCUGGCCUAAAUACUCUUACAGGACACCACACACUGUCCUUCACACUUCCCAACCUCAAUCCCAACCUACUCCAAAACCUCCUCCCAACACUCCCUCCAAAACUCACUCCUCCUUUCUCUCCAAAUCCUCUCCUUUUCUACUCCCCCUCCUGGAACCUUGGCCAAUCAGAGGGUGUCGUACAUUAACCCUUUUCUGGCAUGGGGAAAAGAAACAGAAAAUACUUGGGGACCCAACCUGCCCCAGCAAAAACAAACUUUUCCUUCACAGUCAUCCAGAUAAAUGAUGUCAUUGAGAUAAACAAUGAAUUUAUUGCAGAUAAAAAAAUAAAUCGGAAAAAUAGAAACUGAAAAUAAGUUAAAUUGAUAGAUUGGUUCACCCCUAGUCCAGGAUCCUGUCCUCACACUGGCCAACCCAAUGAUUAUGGGAAGCUCACAGGACCUCAGUGCAACAACAACUUUUUAUACUGGAGGUAGUACAUAGGCAUCAUGUUUAGUAGCCACUGAGAGUCUUAUUUUCCAUCAAUUUGUCUAAUUCUCUUAAAAAGCCAUUCAAAUUGGUGACAUUGACUACAUCUUGUAGAAAAUUCCUUUUUCCCCCCAAAUUUUUUAUUAGUUUUCCAAAUUUAUAACAAACAAAUAAAACACACACCAAAAACAAACAAACAAACAAACAAACAUUUAUCCUAAUUGUAAUAGUUUCACUUUUGUUAACAUUGUUGGGUGACUUCCUUGAGUCCCCCUGGCUAAGUUUCCAUAUAAGUCAUUGUAGCAGUUUUACAAAACUAUUUUCACAAAAAAAUUACUUAGUCAAUUAACAUCUUUCUUUCUUUUCAUUUUAACUUAACAUAGUAUUCUACAACAUCACAUAUGUAAAUCCUAGGCCUAUCUGAUGUUGUUGUUUAGUCGUUUAGUCGUGUCCGACUCUUUGUGACCCCAUGGACCAGAGCACGCCAGGCACUUCUGUCUUCCACCGCCUCCCGCAGUUUGGUCAAACUCAUGCUGGUAGCUUCGACAACACUAUCCAACCAUCUUGUCCUCUGUCGUCCCCUUCUCCUUGUGCCCUCCAUCUUUCCCAACAUCAGGGUCUUUUCCAGGGAGUCUUCUCUUCUCAUGAGGUGGCCAAAGUAUUAGAGUCUCAGCUUCAGGAUAUGUCCUUCCAGUGAGCACUCAGGGCUGAUUUCCUCAUCUGAUACUCGCAAGUAAUUCUAUUUAAGUUAUCUUAACAUAUUUAGCUAAGUAGUCUUUGAAUUUCUUCCAUUCGUCUUGGUACGCCUCCUCCUUCUGGUCGCGAACUCUUCCGGUCAGGUCGGCUAGCUCCCAAAAGUCCAUCACCUUCAUCUGCCAUUCCUCCACUGUUGGUACUUCUUGUGAUUUCCAAUUUUUGGCCAACAAAAUUCUAGCUGCAGUUGUGGAAUACAAAAACAAUCUGACAUCUUUCUUGGGAAAUUCCAAACCUGUUAUUCUAAGUAGAAAGGCUUCUGGUUUCUUAAUAAAUGCAGAUUUCAACAUUUUUUCCAAUUCCUUAUAAAUCUUUUCCCAGAAGUCUUUCACCUUGGGAUCUUGUAGAAAAUUCCAUAGUUUAAUUGUGCUAAGAUGUAAGUUCAUAACCAAACAGUGGAAAGAAAAUGUAUCGUAUUUAAGUGAGAGUCUGGAUGGGAGAAAAAGUGGGUCGUGGGAAAGGGAGAGUUCACCCCCCACUUCUUAGAAACAAUUAAACCAGUGUUGUGGGCAAUAGCUUUGAGAGUUUUAAUUAAUGAGUGUUUUACUCAUUUCCUUUUAUUUUACUCUAUUCUGUUAAAAUGCUUUUAAAAUUGAACCCCUUUUAAUUUAGAAGUUUUAAUUUACUAUCACCUCCUCCUCUUAGUCUCAUUAAGCAAACUGCAAAAUCAAACUAAUAAUAAUGUUAAUGAUCAUAAUAAUCCAUGAAGUAAACUUUUGCUUCUGUAUUCAGCAUUACCUCUGAACUGCAGAUAUACUUAUAACAAGACUGGACUGACAUAUAAUCGCUAUGUUGAAACAACUUGUGGCUCCAAGGAAGAUUCCUGUGUUGCCAGUGUUCUGCGUACAAAUAUAAGUAAGAUUUUCCUGCCUUUUUGUCUUUUGCUGUUGGAUUAGAUCCAGGUUAAGAUUGUUGAACUUUAAGGGUUCUACUAGCAUAUAGAAGUCUAUGCUAGGGCAACUCGGCCAUGAAAAAAGUGAGUUGAGGAAGCUGUAGCACUUCAACUAUAGAUGAAUUAGAACUCCCAUCAGCCUCAGUUAGCCUGGCCACCAGUCAGGGAUGAUGGGAGAUGCAGUCCAACAACAUCUGGAGGAUCAUAGCUUCCCAAUCCUGAAGUAAGCAAUGGCUUGCAUAUGAAAAUGGGGAAUCUAACAUCACCUGAUCACAACCACUGGCUGAAUCUGCGUGCUUAUCUCCAAUCUUGGAGAACCUGAUUUGUAUCAACCAGAAAUCCCUAUUGACCCAAAACAAUGAACCCCAAUUUAGUUUUGGUUAUCAAAUUAGACAAUAAACCUAGAAUAUAAACUGAAUAUUCCCUUUGCCAUAAAUGAAUUGAAAUUGAGAGUCCUUUCAGAGAUCUAUAUAAAACUAAUGAAAAGCUGAGCAAUUGGGAUGGGAAAUGAAGGUGCUUCACACUUUCAUGGCUCCCCCUCCCCCCUCAAGUAAUUUUGAAUUAACUCUCAGUGAUGAAAUGAUUAGGAAGGAACCAACAUUAAGUAUUCUUGCAGUUUGCCUAUUAAAAAGGGUUUCUGUUAUCCAGCUUGAUUCAGUAUGGGCCCCUCCACCUGACGAACUUCUUUCAUACUUCAGCCAUUGGUUAAGGUUGAUUUGAUCCCCUUGCCAGUGUGGUGUAGUGGUUAAGAGCGGUAGACUCGUGAUCUGGUGAACCAGGUUCGUGUCUCCGCUCCUCCACAUGCAGCUGCUGGGUGACCUUGGGCCAGUCACACUUCUCAGCCCCACUCACCUCACAGAGUGUUUGUUGUGGGGGAGGAAGGGAAAGGAGAAUGUUAACCGCUUUGAGACUCCUAGUAAUAAAGCGGGAUAUCAAAUCCAAACUCCUCCUCCUCCUCUUCUUCUUCUUGCUUGUUCCUGAUUAACCCACCCCUUCUACCCUGGAGGACAUGGGUGCCAUUUCUGGUUUGUCUGAGGUGCCAAAAUGCCUUGGGGCAAUCCUGGGUGGGAUGGUGGUGCUCACUUGACCAUCUGUUCCAACAUCACUGCUACAUUUUUGGAGGGAGAGGGGCAAGUGGGCAGUAAGGUUGGUGCAAUGCAAGUGUCUUGCCAAGUGUCUUUUGUUCAACAACAGGAGUUCAGUGAAGAAUGCCCCGAACCUGAAACUGUUAUGACCGACUAGCAGCUAGAGUGCAGUGUAUGUCAGAUGUAUUCUCGGAUGUAUAGGAGAAGGCAUGAGUCCUCGUGCUAGAAAUUUGAUGUGAAAUGAAGUUCUACAUACACUCCAAAUUUAAAGCAUUAUACAAAUUAAUUGCAAACAUAAAAACAGAGGUUGGUCCUAUGGAUUAAGGAGGCAAGAGACUACUGCUUGUGGCAGAGAGCUGAACUCAUAAAUGCCUGCAGAAAACUAUUCUGUUCCACCAGGGCUAUGCAGAUCAUUAAGAAUAGAUCUUUCCACAUGUUGGCUAUUUGCAGAUUAGUUGCGCUGCAGAAAGCAUGCUGGGGAGACCACACAUUACAAGGAACACAAAUAUAACUUUUGCUAGGUUUUAAUAACAAAAACUCCUUUUACAUUAAUUAUAAUAUAUCAAUAAGCAUGACCCAUCCACCAAGGUAGUGAGAGAGCUAGAUGCUGCUUAACAGCACCUGCUAUACUGCUUCACAGCUGUAAAACUAGGUCAUGUUAUUUGCUCUGGCCCUUAAAGAAAUACACAUCUUGUGGAACAAUAAUGAACCUUCAAAUUUAAAGAGACCAUUCAACACCACACUGGUUAAUUGAUAUCUAUCUAUUUACUUUUAAUGUUGUUUUUAUUGUAUCUCUUAUGUAUUAUUACUGAAAAACAUUUUGAUAUUUUUUCCUUUUAUGUUAUAGCAGUGCACACGUGUUUAAACAAACAAACAAACAAACAAACAGCACCUCACUUUAGAUUGCCAAAUUUAAUAAUACUUUCCAUAUUGUUAGUUUGAAAAGGUCCUGAUUCAGGCAUCAAAGAAAAUUGGAACCAUUACAGUGAAUGUGCCUUAGGAGCAAUAGUCCUGAAUAUUUUCCCCAGAUCUAGAGAUUUCUUUCAAUUUCUUUUUCAUAGUAGAACUCCGAGCGCAACUUUUGAGUAAAUGCACGUCAUCUGACAAUUGUUUCUCAGGCAAUUACAGCUUCACUGCAGGGGAUGGUAAAUUCUUUGAGAUGAAGAAGCACUGCUGCAACACUGAACUGUGUAACAAUGCAACUCUCAGCCGUAAGUUUCUUUAUAAUUUUAAAAUCCACAACAUGUUAGGGCUUUGCAUUGGAUUUGGCCAAAGGCUGGAUAGGUAGUCAAUCAGCAGUACUCAGAGGACCUGGGCCUCAUUCAAAUGGGGUGAGACAGCCCCAGAUGGCUAUAUGGGUUGAGCAGGUCAGCACUAUUAGGGCCUCUCAAGGGGUGGGGAGGCAGGGAGGGCGAAGAAGCAGGCAUGAGGAGAAACUGUGAAGAAGAGGGACCUACUGGGCAGCUACAUCUCUGCCUGAGAAGGGAUGGGUUCCCUUUCCAACCAGGCUUCUCCUGAAUCUGUACCAAUGUCAAUCCUAAACCCAGAUUGGGUCUAGAUAAUCUUUUCAUCCAAUAAUACUUGCAGGUUCCCCACCAAAACUGUAAAGCCCUUGGGUGAAUUACAAUAAUAUAAUAUACAUGUACAAAAAACAGAUAAAACCAUUAACAUGCUCAUUAUACUUUUGAUUUUGGCAGUUCCUGAUCACAGCGUGCUGACUGAAAAUGGCCUGAAGUGCCCAGCCUGCUUCUCCAAAGGAACCACACAGUGUAAAAGUGAGAAGACCAUCGACUGCCUUGGGAAUGAGACCCAGUGUGUUGUUUUUAAAGGAGCUCUUCAUAUAGGUAACAUUGCUACUCAGACAGGGGGAAAGGGCCUAGUCAUUGGCUGGCUCAUGCAAACUCCCUCCUGUUCUCCUAUUCUCCCUCCCCCCUUUCCCUUUCCCUUGCAUAUUACUAAAAAUGUGAGAGGGACCACAUCUCUCACUGGCCCCACUCUGCAACCUUCCUUAAUGUUUUGCCUACCUGGACUGUUUCCUUUAACUCUCAUAAUGCCUCGCUUGUCCAGAAGGAGUAUUCAGAGUGAGAUGUGUAUGUAAAACACCGUUCUGAACAAAAGUAAAAAGUGCAUUCAUUGCUUCACCCCAGUUGCUCCUGGAUCCCUCCACCACUGGGUUGCAGUCCAGGGGAAAAUGUGUCCCUCUUGCUCAAAAAGCAAAUUUAUUAUGUAAAAGGCAUGUAAUAAGUUUCCUUAAAUUCUGUGACAAUGAGCAGUAUCUGGCUAACUCAGCCAUUAGUGCAAGGAUUUACAGUUGUACAACAGGAUUUCCGCUCUCUUCUGCCUGUAUGUGUUCUUUAUCCUCCCAAAUGUAUUUAGGAGGACAAAGAGAGGGAGGAUAUACUCAGUUCCACAAGCAUACAUCAUUUUGCUGAUGUCAUGAUUUAGCUACAUUAGUAAAGAUAUAGCACUUUAUAUUCGUUAUAACACUGUGACACCAGAUGGCUUGAUGGAAUCCCAUCUGUCGUCAAUCGCAUUUGCUUGUAUGAAGGUUGCAAUGCAUUUAACUGAAUUGCUAUUUUGAUGUGUCUAGAUCCAGCCUUAGAUGGAUAUCUCCCAAUCAAUAUAGUUUUGAGGAAUAAUGGUGUUUGGAGACAAGACAAAUUUUCCAAAUCCCUCCUUUCUGAAAAGAAGAGGGAAUUUGGAAUGAACGGGGGAAGGGAAUAUGGGUUGAUUUGCCCCAUAAAGGAAGAGGCAGAAUCAAGGCCAUUUGAGCUGCUUCUGCCCUACAUUCUUUCUUCUCAUCCUUCUCCUGCCCUUUAUAGCCUGGGCUUUGCAAAUUUCUCUUCUAAGGGCUGAGUAAGAAUUCUGAGAGGAGUUCCUAAUUGGCUUUUGCAGUCCCCCCUUUUCACCUACUUCAUGUUAGCUGUGUUUAACAUGAAACUUGUAAAAUAAAAGGAGGAUUCUCUGGAUGCUUAGAUCACAGUGGGGCAAUGAGGCCGCCUCAGUGGGCAUCCAACUGUCCUGAGAGACAUUGGAGUGCACCUCCAGCUUUUUUGUGUGUGUGGCUGCAUCACACUUUUGACUCAUGCCAGGUUCAAACACUCAAGGCUCCCACACCAAGGAAGGGAGUAUUGUUUUCAAAUCUUGCUGUGUGGCCACAGCAUUAGGCUUCUAACAUGCCCAGGAGAUAGUAGGGAUAUAAUUCCUCUCCUUUUUUCUUUUUUCUUUUUUGCACCUGACAUGCACACAAGAAUUUGAUUUGGUUAAUCUUGUUAAUUAGGCCUGUUUUCAGAUCCUCUAAUUUAAUUACAUUUUAUAAAUAUAACCUGUUUACUAAUAAUCUUUGUGUCUUGAGACUCCUUUGGGUAUGAUGGCCAUUCUGAAUUACAUAUGAGUGUUUUUUUACCUUAACUUCUGAUGUUGAAAAUUUUGUAUAUUCAUGUUCCAAUGAAAUUAUGAUAUUUUUCAGAUUUUUUAAAUAUACACAUUUUAAAACUAACUAAUUAAAAUUCUCAUUCACUGUCACAGGCAGAAUCUCCUAGUUCCUGGGUAAAGGACUUAUGUCAAUAUUUGUUUUCUUUUCCCUCAGCUUUUGCUAGGCUCCACCAUUUCACGUUCCAAGGUUGUGGAACAACAGAUUUUUGUGCCAUCACGAAAAACAGAAGAACACUUGGAUAUGGGGAAUUUGGCCUUUUUAUUACCCAAAAAAGAUGUUAUACUGCUUCAGGAAUAUCACGCCAGCCUGAACAUGAAGGGUGAAUAGGACAGUGUAGACCUCCUCCUUGUGUAUUGCAAAAUCCAUGGCAAUGAGGGGGAACUGGAGGCCUACUGGUGAAAUCCAGGGCUUAGGAUUUGUGGAUCUUUCUUUUUUGCUUUUGGUGGAGGUAAACAGAAGCAAGGGGCAAUGAAAAAUGGGUCAAAAUGUGGGG